AUGCUUUAUUCGCCGAUGAAAAGUGCUGACGAGGUUUUUGCAGUGAUGAACGUGCAAAAGGUACGAUGGCACGGCUGUGUGACGCGAAUUAACAGUCUCAUGCCAAUGGCGACGUCGUCCAUCUAUGUGAAGCAUCAUUUUGAUCACGAGGCGAAGAAGCAGUUGAGUGUAGAGUGUGACGAGCGUGGCAAACAUCGUGAACGUGAUAUAAGAUUAUGA